AUGCAGCUGCUGCUGGUGAUGAUGCAGCUGCUGCUGGUGCUGCUGCAGCUGCUGCUGGUGAUGAUGCAGCUGCUACUGGUGAUGAUGCAGCUGCUGCUGGUGAUGAUGCAGCUGCUGCUGGUGACAGUGGAGGUGUUGAGAUCCUUCGAGGUGGUGGAGGUGUUGAGAUCCUUCGAGGUGGUGGAGGUGUUGAGAUCCUUCGAGGUGGUGGAGGUGUUGAGAUCCUUCGAGGUGGUGGAGGUGCAGAGAUCCUUUGAGGUGGUGGAGGUGUUGAGAUCCUUUGAGGUGGUGGAGGUGUUGAGAUCCUUUGAGGUGGUGGAGGUGUUGAGUACGGAUUUCGGAGCCCAGGAUAUGAGUACAACCUCCAAAAUGGAUGCCUCUUUGAGUGGACCAACACUCAACAGCUCGCCCAUCUCAUACCCCAGCCAUGGCCCCCCCCUCCCUGAAGAACCAGACCCGCUCGCCUCACUUACAGACGUGUCGCAGUUGUGGCUGAAGUUUGGCAAGACCUUCCUGAUGAUGCUGCCCAUCUAUGUGCUAGGCUAUUUUGAGUUCAGCUUCAGUUGGGUUCUCGUGGGACUUGCCGCGCUCUUCUACUGGAAGAGGAACCACAGCAAGCAGGACAACCGCAUCAACCGCGCACUCCGCUUCCUGGAGCACAAGGAGUCAGUGACGCAGCGCAGUGCAGCUACGACACAGCUGCCGCCGUGGGUCCAUUAUCCAGACGUGGAGCGGGUCGAGUGGUUAAAUAAGACGGUUAAGCAGAUGUGGCCCUUCAUCUGUCAGUUUGUGGAUAAACUCUUCAGAGAAACAAUCGAACCUUCAGUGAAAACCGCCUCACCAUACCUGAGCUCCUUCUGCUUCACCAAGAUCGAUCUCGGAGACAAGCCUUUGAGGGUGAAUGGUGUGAAGGUCUACACCGAGAACGUGGACAAGAGGCAGGUGAUCAUGGACCUGGAGGUCAGUUUUGUGGGAAACACAGAGAUAGACAUCGACAUCAAGAAGUUUUACUGCCGAGCAGGAAUCAAGAACAUCCAGCUGCAUGGAGUGAUGCGUGUGGUGAUGGAGCCACUGUUGGGUGACAUGCCUCUGAUCGGAGCCCUGUCAGUCUUCUUCCUCAAGAAACCUUGGCUAGACAUAAACUGGACAGGACUCACAAACAUGCUGGACAUUCCUGGAGUCAAGUGA